AAGUGAUGACAGUAAACACUGGAUAAGCCAGAGACACAGACUAGCUGUACACAUAAACAUGGUGAAAGGUGCUGGCAUAUUGCUCCUCUUGCUGUGUGCAUCUUAUGUUAUUGGAGAAGGGACCAAGGACAGCAAUAACAUAGAACAACAGGAUAGUCACACAAAAGAUGAAUCAGCUGCAGAAGAUAUGAGUUACUUCAAGGAAGAUGAUAGUGGAGAGCACGAUGAUGAUACAACUAAUGAAGAAACUGAUGAUCAAACUACAGAUGAAGAUUUAAGUGCUAUUGAUGAAGAUGACACUGAAGAGAGUAACAGUGAUGACAAUGAUCAUGAGCAAGAAAGUCAAGCAGCUUCUACAUGCACCUACCAAUGGGUCACAUACACUGUAAUAAAAAGCAUUCCUGUCUAUGGAAACAUCACAUACAGGCGCUGUGUUUACAGGAGUGAACCAUACACUUGCAUGAUAUACAAGAGGACUCGCUACAGGACGUAUGCAAAAUACUGCAACCCAUGCACUGGGGUCUGCAGGAGGAGAUACUACACUUACAUUCAUAAGCUCAUGAGGUCAACGUGCUACAGGUCUGCCUGCAGGUACUCACGAAGACUAUACCAAUACAGAUACGUCAUAAGGUACCGAUACCGAAGAGUGAGGCAAAGGAAAUAUCUUUGCGUCUGAUCAUGCAAUAAGGAACUGGAUCAGAAACUGUUUGUAUAUAGAACAUAGUAUUAGUAGGACUUGUUUUGUUAAAUCCUAGACUCCUAGUUAGUUGUGUGAUCAUUUAGUUUUUAGUUUGAUAAAAUAUUUUAAAAGCAAAAUUAA